AUUUGCCUUGUAUAAUCCAUAUUCUCGACCUGAACAGUACCACGGUGUCAAUAUCAAAUAUUCCUAGCGAAGCUGAACCAAGUCUUGAUGAAGUGGAAUCAAGAAGUUGGGAAGUGCGAGAAAGCAGAAAGAGGUCGAUUCAUAGUCCGGGCUUCAGCAUCUUUUCGAUAUCCAAGCCAUUGAUAACUCCAUCAUGUCUUGCAAUCAUUCCUCGCGCAGUCUUCUCCAAUUUCUCAAACAGGCCCGUCAUGCCCAUCUUCAAUUUAUAUCAGGGGCCCUACCGCGUGCUGAUUCCCCUAUCUACGUGGUCGGCAAUCCCUCCGUUGAUCUCGAUUCGAUGAUCUCCGCAAUUGUCUACGCUUAUUUUGCUCAUAACCGACUCCCCCUUGACUAUCCCCGACCUCAUGUCCCUCUUAUCAAUCUUUCCAAUGUCCCAUCUGGCCCUGAACUGCGCAGACUCAGGCCCGAAUUCGUCAAAGCCCUAUGGCACUGCACGAACAACCCCUUCGCCAGCGAAGGCGAGGGGUGGGAUGAUACGCCUGAAUCAGCUGGGAAAAUGCUCCACGACCAUAUCAUCACCGUGGAAGAUUUUGCGAAGCAUCUUCAGCAGUUGAAUGAAGCGCAGUUACGGCGAGAUGCGGAUGCUACGUUAGUCGACUGGAACGCCUUGACGAUUCAAUCAUCGGACGGACAGCGGGGGAAAGGCUCUCUGAAUGAUCUCCCCACCGUAGACUUUUCGGUCGUGGGCUGCAUCGACCAUCACGUUAAUGAGGACUUCCUCCCGUCCGCCGAGUCCCUACCAGCUCAUCAGCCGCUGGUUGUACAACCGGCCGGUUCAUGCACGUCGCUCGUGGUCAACACACUCGAAUCCCUGGGCCUGUGGCAGAACAACCACACGGGGGAUCCCCUGUCGCAAAAAGAUGCAGGAAAACCAAUACAGGAAGCCCAAGUGGCCAAACUAGCCCUGGCUGCCAUCCUCAUCGACACAUCCAACCUCACCGAUAAAAGCAAAGUCACCGAAUCCGACACCAAUGCCGUCUCUUUCCUUCAACCAAAGAUCGACUCGUUCCCGUUUAUCGAAUGUAACCAGGAAACCUACUACAACCAAGUCUUCACGACAAAACAGAAUAGCCUCGACCUUUUAACGGUCCAUGAAAUCCUCGGCCGUGACUUCAAGUGCUGGACCGAGAACUUGCCGCAAUCCAAGGGAGGCAAGCCCGUCAAUAUCGGUUUCUGCUCUACCGUGAAGUCCAUCCCGUGGAUCGUGCAGAAGGCAGAUGGGAAUCCGCAGUCUUUCCUGGAUUCUUUGUACGCUUUUUCCACCGACCAAGAGCUGGAUAUUGCAGUGGUUAUGACCGCAUUUACCUGCCCCGCCGGUGACAAUGAUAGUAAAGAUCGAUUUUGUCGAGAGUUGCUCAUUUGUGCCCCCCAUGGCGGGCCGGUUAUCGAGGCUUUGGAGUCUUUCGUCGCUCAGGCAGCCUCUAAACUCGGCUUGGAAGAUUGGGUGUCCCUUGAUAUCGAUUUGGGUACUGAUGGUAACCAAGCUGUCAAAUCUACUUUGAACAACGAUGCUCCAGCCUGGAAGCGCGUUUGGGUACAGACGAAUGUAACCCAGAGUAGGAAACAGGUAGCUCCUUUAUUAAGGGGGGCUGUGAGUGCAUGCGAAUGAAGGGAAGUCUUUAAAUCAACAUUAUAGAACAUAAAGAGGAUUCAUAAGAUCAUAUUUAUCAGUUUGUUCAUUUCUUUC